AUGGCUGCCCAGGAACUUGCCCGCUGGACACGCUUUGCCGCCAAAGGAGGCGUUGGGCGUUGUACAGCGACCGUGGAUUGUGUCGCAAGGGAAAUUGGUGAUCUCAUGUUUCUCAAGGACGAUGAAAUCACAGUGUUGAUGCAGCUUCCUGAAACUGGGUAUUACUUGGGCUUCUGCGAAGGUGUCGUGGGACGCUUCUCUGGCACAGACGUGAAUUUUCAUGGGAAACUGAAGCGCCCUGUCAUGGCAAAACGAGGAUCCCUUGCGCUUGAGGGAAUACGAGCGAACGAGGGGCCGUACACAUGA